UUGGUCAAGUUGUAUAUCUUCUUCAACACUUGUGUGUAUUUACCGCCUUUCGUUUCUCUUCAUAACCCUUUCUUUUCUACCUCUUCUUCAUCACUGUUUUCCUCUUCUACGCUCUCUCUCUCUGUUCUCUGGCCGUAGCAUUUAAUAUUAUUCUAUAAAGAGUAUCAACUCCACCAGAAGGCGAAGGAAUAUGUUUUGGGCUGAUAUGGGGUCUCCUUCUGCUACUUGGGUUUUACAUUUAAUGCUAUUGUUUUGUUAGUAUCUCUGUGGAAUUGAAAUGUAUAUUGGUUACCUACUCACAGAAAUAGAGUGAUAGAGAGAGAGGGAGAUUAAUUUAGCACACACUUCAACAACUGCUCUGCUCUGCUCUUCAAAUGGAGAGGCUCCAAGGACACAUUCAUCCUUGUUUUUAUGGUGAAUACUCAGAGAGAGGUUGCUCCGAACAAGGAUUCACAAGCUUGAGAUUUGAGGAAUCAGAAGAAGCUUAUUUCUUAACAUCAACUUUGGAAGACAAAAUGCCAUUUCUUCAGAUGCUGCAGAGUGUGGAAUCUCAACCAUUCAAGGAACCUAACUUCCAAAAUUUGCUGAAGCUGCAGCACCUGAACAAACCAUGGGAAUUAGAAGAAGUUAGUCAAAUUCAGGAGCUUGUAGAGUUGUAUUCUUCACCAAUUAACUCAGAAACAAAGGACCAAAAUCAACACCCAAAUUCGGCUUCAUAUACCGACGGUGUGAGUUCAGAGUGCAACCAAAAUCAACGGACCCAGAUGGCAAAAGCUCCUCCGGUAACCAAGGAGAGAAGAAAACGGAAGAGAACGAGGCCAGCUAAGAACAAGGAAGAAGUGGAGAGCCAAAGAAUGACCCAUAUUGCCGUCGAGCGCAACCGGAGACGCCAGAUGAACGACCAUCUCAACGUUAUCAAGUCUCUCAUACCUACCUCCUAUAUUCAUAGGGGUGAUCAGGCAUCCAUAAUCGGGGGAGCAAUACACUUCGUGAAGGAAUUGGAGCAGCUACUUGAAUCUUUGGAAGCACAGAGAAAAGGAGAGGAAGGUGGGUGUAAGGCCAAGGGUGAGCUAUCCUCAGUAGGCUCACGCUCACCCACAUCCUCUGCAAUGGGAAUGGCCUCAAAUGGGAGAAUAGGAGAAGGGGUUUGUGCAGAACACAAGUCAGAAGUGGCUGAGAUAGAGGUGACUAUGAUUCAAACCCAUGUGAACUUGAAGAUAAAAUGCCCCAAAAGGCAAGGCCAAUUGUUGAAAGCCAUUGUUGCUUUGGAAGAUCUUAGGCUCACGGUUUUGCAUCUCAACAUUUCUACCUCACAGGCCACUGCCACCAUGCAUUACUCCUUCAAUCUCAAGAUAGAAGAUGAAUGUAAGAUAGGAUCAGCGGAGCAGAUUGCAGCAACAGUUCAUCAAAUAUUCAGUUUUAUGAAUGAUGGCAGGCUGGUCAAAGAGGGAGGGAAAGGCAAAUUUCAGGCAGUACAGUGGCAGUCGCUGACUAUGGAAAAUGGAAGGACCCCCCCACUUCCCUUCCCAAAAAUCAAAGUAAGAAAGCUAAGCAAAUACGGGUCGGGGUGUGGGCACCUCGAGUAGUGUUGUUUAGUGUACCGCAGAUGGGUUGGUCAGAGUGGCAGGGAUUGGGAAGAUGAUGUUUACUGCUUAAAAAAAGUGUCUGUCAUCUCCUUCCUAAUUUACGCAAAUUCAGAAAUGUUUAACAAAAUAAUUAUAUUAAUACAACUUUUUUGGUUCUUUUUCUUAUU